CAAACGACGCAUUUCAGUGCUCUUUCUCGCAACCACCAAGCCUCCUAAUCUCUUCAGCGUGAUCUUCUUCAAUCUUUAGUCGCUUACCCGUUUCCUCACAACCAUGUCGGGCCGUGGAAAGUCCUCAGGCAAGAAGGCCGUCAGCCGUUCUGCAAAGGCAGGGCUUCAAUUUCCCGUCGGAAGAAUCGCAAGGUUCCUGAAGGCUGGGAAGUAUGCCACUCGUGUAGGAGCCGGUGCUCCCGUCUACUUGGCCGCCGUGCUCGAGUACUUGGCUGCUGAGGUUCUUGAGCUUGCCGGGAACGCCGCUCGUGACAACAAGAAGACGAGAAUCGUUCCGCGCCACAUCCAACUCGCCGUAAGGAACGACGAAGAGCUAAGCAAGCUUCUUGGAGCUGUUACCAUCGCGGCUGGCGGUGUUCUUCCCAAUAUCCAGUCCGUCUUGUUGCCGAAGAAGUCCACCGGAAAGGGCGAGGAGGAAAGCGCUUAAGCUUCGUCCAUGAUCUAAGUUUUAUCUAACACGCUCGUCAGCGCGUCGGCAUGCCGCGUUAGGUCUAGUUUUGUUUUUUGUUUGUAUGAUUACUAAAAUGGAAUGUUUAUAGUCUUGACAUACGAUAUCGUGCAGGCUUUCUCAUACCCACGUUGGCCCCUGCCCUUGAAUCAAUGCUGAUGUUCUUUCAUGCCCUAC